CUGGCGAAUGUGUUAUGCUUUGUUUACCGGUAAAUGGUUUUACACGACCAUGUCGAGCUGGGGCUAUGGAAGGGUGACAAUGCGACUUGUGUAGACCUGUUGCUAGCUCGGCGCUGUGCUCAUAACGGUACCCCACAAUAGAACAAUGCCGGCGUAUCGAAGGGGGCAGGAAUACACACAGCGAAAGCUAAUAGGUGAUCGCUGAUCAACCGCUAAGAAGAUUGAGGGAUUGAUUUGCAGGUGGAAUUAUGAGAGACGAUCCUUGCAGAUCCUAGGAAGGAACGCAGGGAUUUAAAUCAGUCUUGUUUUGGGUGCACCAGUUCGUCCUCGGUCAGUACGAUCCAGUACCGCCAUGAGUAAGAGAGGCAAAAAGAAGGAUGAAAAGCCCCCUCCCGCCACUGGCCCGGGCAGUAAGAUCGUCUCCCUGCCCGACCCCCUCAAGAAGAACCACAUCAAGCGCCUGGGGGACGGGAAGGCAGUGCACCUCAAAUUCGGCACGUGCAACAUGAAGACGUUACCCAUCGAGAUCUACGACAACGAGGAACUGAGUGCACUGACGCUACGCUUCAACGCCGAGAACAACCGCUUGAAGAGGCUGCCUAAAGGUUUGGCCAAUCUGGAGAACGUAGAGUACGUAGACGUCAAGAACAAUAACCUCGCCUCCUUCCCUGGCUCUGUAUCCAGGAUGAAGAAGCUUGUGACGUUAGACAUCACUAAUAACAGUAUUAAGAAGUUGCCUCCUUCUAUACACAAAGCCACUGGCCUUAGAACUUUACAUGCUCAAAAUAAUAAACUCAGAGCCUUGCCCAAGAAUCUAGGAAAGUCGCCAUCUUUGACACAUAUAGAUGUUUCGUUUAAUCUGAUCAAAUCCUUCAAGAAGGGUCUGUAUGAGGUGGCUGCGUUUGUAAAUCUGGCAGGUAACCGAAUUACGGAAAUGCCAUCAGCUGCUGUGAAAAAGCCAAAUAUUAAGAGGAUGGAUCUUUCCCAUAAUGCCAUCGCGUUUGUGCCGGAAAACAUAGACAAACUGAGAUGCAUGACCUGGCUUGACCUUUCCCAUAAUUCAUUGGAUGAGCUUCCGAUGCAGGUAGGGAUGGUGAAGUAUCUGCACUAUUUCAAUGUAGCGCACAACUCUAUCAAAGUUCUUCCAGAGGAGAUAUGCAGCCUUGGCUAUGCAUUAGACACGCUCAACGUUGCUGGGAACGAAAUCGCUGCUUUACCAAAUGAUAUCCAUUUACUAAAAAAGCUCCGUGUGUUGGAUGUCUCGGACAACCAGAUUGAGUACCUGCCAACUGGGACGAAAGAUUUACCCUGUAUCGAAAGCCUCAACGUGUCUGGAAACCGCCUCAACUCCAUGAAAUUCGCAAUUUAUUUGAAACAGUUGGAGCAUCUGUAUGUGGCUAGAAAUAAAAUUGAAGUAAUUCCGGAGGAAAUCCAUGAGAUGAAAGCUCUUCAGACUCUGGAUGUGUCGGGUAACGGGAUCAGAGAAGUUCCUGAAUCUCUCGGCAAGAUCACAACGCUGAAGCAUCUAAACAUCGCCCAGAACAAGAUCUCCAUCCUCCCCGACAGUCUCGGCCAGGAACAGAUCCUCAUCACUCUGGACAUCUCCUAUAACAGGCUUGCAGCUCUGCCCACUGACCUCCGAAAGGUACGCAACCUGGAGAAGUUCCACAUGAGCCAUAACGAAAUUGCAGCCAUCCCCAAGUCGAUAGACUUCUUGUACCAGCUUCAUUCGUUUGACGUCUCCAGCAACAGCUUGACGGAGCUGAACAUCCCAAAGCCAUGUGCGUACCUGUACCUGUCUGAAAACCCGCUCACCGUCAACCCAACUGACAUGCGUUCCCCUCUGGUUGUGAUUGGAGAUAAGGAUCAUCUACGGAACCUUGCUCAUCUGGAGAUUUGUAACCUCCAGCUUGAUGAGAUUCCUCCAGCUGUCUUCAACCUCCGACUCCUCCGCCAUCUGGACAUGUCCAACAACAACCUGAAGUCCCUCACGGACAGCAUCUCCAAGCUGAAGGGACUGGAGAGUCUUGUGGUCAGUCACAACGAGCUGACCGAUCUCCCGGACGGACUCACGGUGCUCAAGAAGCUGAAGCGGCUGACCGUGUCUAACAACUCCAUAGCUGACUUCUCCCCAGGACUUCUGAGGCUGUUCUCAUUGGAGAACCUUGACAUGUCCUUCAACAAGAUGUGCCUCCUGCCCGAUGACUUCGGUGACCUUAACAAGCUCAUCAACCUUGACCUUUCCAGCAAUGAACUUUUGACCUUUCCGCGAGACCGGAUAGACGUCUUAGCGUCCCUGACCAGCUUGAACGUCUCGUUCAACCACAUUGAUGAGAUGCCAAUGGGAUUCCCUUAUCUAUAUAGGCUUAAGGUGCUGCGGGCAAAGGGCAAUGACGUCAAGACCCUACCUGGAGAAUUUGACAGGUUGAAAGCAUUGGAGGUUUUGGAUUUCUCUGACAAUGUUUUGGAAGCCCUUCCAGAGAGCAUCUGCAAACUUCCUACAAUCCGGGAGGUGGAUGUUUCGGACAACAAGAUCGUCCUUGGAUUCCCGAAAGCUUGGGAGAACCUUCGUGGCAGAGCCGCACUUAGCUACUCGGAGCAGUCGUCAAGCAAGACGAGGGAAGACCGCGACCGACCGAAGAAGCCCGAACCAGAGAAGAGUCCAAAGGGCAAACGGAAGGGGAAGGGGAGUCCCCAAGGGGGGAGGAGGGGCAAAGGUGCAAAGUCUGCGCCCCCUGGCAACUGAUCAUACUUCAUUAUCGUAGCUUUAUGACAUUCGGAAACAAUGAAAUACCCUACUGUGUAAAAAAACCCGGAACUCUGUUACCCAUCUUGGUGUUCGAAAUGUCAGAACAAUAAAGCCUCGUUCAUCGGAAUCAGCAGUGAUAACUAUGGAUUUACGAGGCCGGAUUAACGAAACGAUGGAAAUCUCACAUCCAUCUUUGUAUUUGAUAUAGAUAAUACAGCCUCGUUUGUCCAUAGCCACGGCGAUAAGUAUGGAUUAACGAGGCCGGAACUAAGAGGACAAACAAGUCAUUUCCGCCUAUCUGAUGUUACUGGGGAUCGUCUCAACGUUUUACAGCCUGUUUAUAUGGUCACUGAAUGGCAAAGGAAGCUCUAGACAGAUGUGUGAGCAACUGAAACAGCACAUGGAAGCCUGUUAUCCCUCGUUUCGGAGACGAGUCUACCUUUACGAACCUGCAUUGGUGUCUGUUUAUUUAUGGACAGUGUUGAUGAACAGAAAUAUAUAUUCAAGUCUGUGAUAAAACGGAAACAGAUGCCACGUUAGAAGAUAGGACAUUUGUAUCCGUGUGAUAAUUGGAAAUCCUUACUCAACUAGUGCUCAAUGACUGAAUGAUCUACAUGUGUCACAGCCAUGGCUAUAUGGUGACAAUGUCUUGCACCGUGUUGUAUAUUGCUGGUAUUUUUCUAUCUUCUUACAUCCAGGUGAUAUUCAUAUUGUAUUGUAUUACUAUGGAGGUAUAUUUAUACACGUAGCCCCAUUACAUAUAUAUAUAUAUUAUACAUAUCUCAAGCCAUAAAUCAUUCAGCACUACUCGUCGUUUUCCGUAACCUCUUAGAAGACUCGUCCCCUUUGGAUCAAUGUGCUUUUUAGCAAAUAUCGAUGUAAAUUUUCAAAGCAAAGGCGCACGUGGUACACUAUAUUGACUAAUUCUUACGUCUGUCCGUUUGCACAGAGUCGCUUUUCCUGGAGUGACACGUAAGGUGACGAAUAUCCCAAAAUAUGAUGUAGAAAACGGAAUACGACGGAUGGAUCCGAAUGCGUAGCAUUGCAUAGCCCAAGGAAAAUGACUAUUUGAACUUCUCAGGCAAAAUGUGCCAGUAUUGCGUCAGGUUUUGUUUAGGUGAUAUGGGUGUUAAUGACAUUGACAUCUGUCGGUGAUGCUUCCACGCAAAAUAUAUAUAUUCAUUUUUUAUUUUUUUUGACAAUGCUGCCCUUUGAUCCGUACUUCACGUCACUGUAUUUUAAUAUCAUUAAUAAUCUACGUCAUGUUUUCAGUUAUGACCAAUCAAUCAGAAGGAGAUUUUCAUUUUAGGCCCCUUAUUUAUUACUCAUAAAACGUCUUUAUCAUCUAUAUCAAGAAUAAUCACAAAUCACAUGCUAUAUUUUAAACGGGGCGGUCGGGUAGCCUAGUGGUUAAAGCGUUCGCUCGUCACGCCGAAAACCCGGGUUCGAUUCCCGACAUGGGUACAAUGUGUGAGGCCCAUUUCUGGUGUCCCCCGCCGUGAUAUUGCUGGAAUAUUGCUAAAAGCGGCGUAAAACCAUACUCACUCACUCACUCACUAUAUUUUAAACAAUACAUUUAAUGCAUCAAUGAAUCACGUUUCCAUCAACAUAAAAUGAACAUGAAACGUAAUCAAAACAUAUUUUCACUAACAAACAAGGAAACGUACUCGUAUUUGAGAAACGGAGUCCAAUUCCUAACCAAACCUCAAGCCUGUGUGCGCAUGCGUCAUUCUUGAGGUAAGGGCGUGAUUUCUGCCAUGAAGCUGACACGGCGUUUUGAGAUUUGGCGUUAAAUUGACAGUCACAAUUAAUCAUUGAUAACACUGUGGACAUUUUCUAAUUACGUUUCCGUUCAGUUGUUUCAUUUACCUCAGUUAUUUCUAAUGGGACAAUGCCAACUUCAUCCCACACGCAUUGCCACUGAACACGCAAAUGUCUCAUUAAAGUUUGGUGCCAAACUGACUGACACAAUAAACAAGUGGUUUUAUGUCUGCGUUGCCAAGGAAACCUAUGCAGUGCCAUGGCGGUAUUUUAUUUUACAUCGAGACAAAUCGCAAAUUGUCAGUUAUUGUCUUUAAAUGUUUAAAAUGUUACCAAGUUGUGUAAUUGUCUUGAUACGUUCACGUCCAUAUUGUAGGUUGAUAUGAAUUCACGGUGUAUCAACAGGCUACAUAUUGAAUUAACAAUGCAGUAAAAUCUCAUUACUUAACCCAUUUCAUGUGAUAUGAGAACAUAUGACUUAAUGGUAUGGUCAAUAUCGGUACAUCUUUUGUCUCGAACUACGGAUAUCUCGAUGUUCUAUGGUUCCCAUGGGUUCGAGUUUACGCGGUUAAUCUGAAUUGAAAUAAUAUAAUUCGGGUUGUAAUUUCAAUUUAUAAUUUAAUUUAUAAAAUAAUUUAUUCUUUUAAAGGUUGCUACGUCCGCAAUGUUGUUCUUGUGAUGUGCCCCACGUGUAUAAUUCACCUCCCGCUCACAGCAGUCCGUGACGGCAAACCGUGAAGAUAUUUAAGCAAUACUGUGUAAUUUCCACGAAUCCGCCCACUAACACAAGCAAACUGUGAUAUACCUUGUUGCCCUGUACCGACACUGCUAUUUUUACAUGGUGUUGUAUGGUGUUGAUGUUGAUGUUGUCAAUCCGUCCAUGGUGAAAACCUAUUUAUUCAUUUAUUAAUAUCGUUAUGAUUUCAUUACGUCUGACUUUCCUAGCGUUAGGAAAUAUUAUCUUGAUAACCCUUGUCGCUGACUAAUUACAAUUGUCUGUUUCAAACAAAACAUGAAGGCUCCUUCCCCCACCCCCACCACCCAAAUAGUACAAUAAUGGGUCCCAGCAUACGAGACAUAGCUGACAGGGGACAGUGUGCCAUCGUCUAGAUCCCAGUUCCUGGCAUACAACCUAUUUGUGCCUUUUUCUUAAUUGAGGCAUUGUUUCCAAAUAAUGAUUAACUCAUUUACAUACUUAAUCUGGGCUGGCAGGAGUGAUGGUUUAAAAGUGACAAUUGAGGCUAGUGCCCCUUUGAACUAAUCCCGUCUAUUUUGUUAUAACUGUAGGUCAAGCGUAUACACUUUUCAAAAGGUUGAAUUAAAAAAUCAGACGGAGCUAAUUUCGUUUUAUUUACACAAUUCUGUAUAAUCUUCAUUCCUAAACAUUGCUGUAUAUCUUCAGUUAUUUCGUUGCUAAACUGUUGCAGCUACAUAUCCUAGCUUUUCUUGGUUUGUUACCAAGACAACUCGUUCCUUGAUAGUUUCUGUCUUCGUCUUUUGAUAUUGUAAUUUGGAAUAUGUCUAUAUGGUUUCUUUAAGAAAAUAAAUAAGCUUUCCAUCGA